UGUGUGUGUGUGUGUGUUCAGCAGGUGUGGUGUCUGCUGCAGGGUAAAGCAUACCGACUUGAAGAGUUGAAGAUGGCCGACUGACUUACAGUAGCAAAGAAAACAGCUCACACUUCACUGCCACCCGAAAAAAUGGAGAAGAAAUGAGAUUUAAAUAAAGGAAAAGAAAAGUUUUGGACAGAGAGUCUUGUCGUCACACUCAGCAGUACUGGGUGAAAACACAUAGGUCUCCACCAGUCGACUGGUCGGAGCAAGCCGGGAUGUCGGCAUUCCUUUAAAAGGUGGCUGAGCUGAGGACUGGACUCACCUGGAUCAUAAAACUGAAAAAAAUGAUUCCAACGAGAAGAGUUCUUCAUCAUCUUCAUCAUGCCUGCCGUACAUCAACCAAUAGCAAAUUCAUCUCACGCUAAUGGAUCAGCCACGGCAGACCUGCCAACAACAGUUCACCCCAUCACCAUUAUCCCCACCACCCAGACUAACACCACCAUCAAUCCAGCCAGUGUUCCCAACUUCUUCGAUGACUUGCUGCACCAGAUUCCUUUGCCUCUAUGGGCAAUCUACACCAUCUUCGCGGUUGGUGCUCUGCUGAUUCUGAUCUGCUGUCUGUGCAUCUGCAUCUGCUGCUGCAAAGAAAAGAAGAAGCGGCAUCAGAAGAAAGAUGAGAAGAUCAACCUGAUAGGGGUGAAUGGGAACACCACCACAGCCCUAGUUCAGCCAGAUGUGGCAGAUGUGGACUACGGCUCAACCGAACAGCAGAGAGGAAAGCUUCUCUACUCUCUGGAGUACAAUGCUGCUCUGUCUGAGCUCACAGUCGGGAUCAAAGAAGCCAACAGCCUGAAGGCCAUGGACCUGGGCGGAAGCUCGGACCCUUAUGUCAAAGUCUACAUCUGCCCUGACAAAUCCAAAACCUUUGAGACCAAAGUGUUCAGAAAAACGCUAAAACCAAUCUUCAACGAACAGUUCAGCUUCCAGAUAUCCAAAUCCUCUCUCCUGAAAUCGACCGUGGUGAUGAAGGUGUUCGACUUUAACAGAUUUGCCAAACAUGACAUCAUUGGCGAGCUCAGGUUCCAGCUCUCCGGCGUUGACUGGAACCACGUCAUCGAGGAGUGGCAGGACCUUGCCGAGCCCACCAAGUUGGAGGAGGAAGAGCUGGGGGAGAUCUGCUUCUCUUUACGCUACGUUCCCACUGCUAGCAAACUCACUGUGGUGAUCCUGGAGGCCAAAAACCUGAAGAGCAUGGACAUCGGAGGAUUCUCAGAUCCUUAUGUAAAGGUGCAGCUGGCUCUGGACAAGAGGAAGUGGAAGAAAAGGAAGACCUCCAUGAAAAAGAAGACACUGAGCCCUUAUUACAACGAAUCCUUCACCUUCGACGUUACGUUUGAACAAAUCCAGAGGGUGAACCUGGUCAUCUCUGUGUGGGACCACGAUGCAAUGACGCGAAACGAUGCCAUGGGGAAGAUCUUCCUGGGCUGUGAUGCCGCUGGGAACCAGCUGAGGCACUGGGCCGACAUGUUGUCCAACCCGCGGCGACCGGUCGCUCAGUGGCACAGCUUGCUGUCGGACGAGCAGGUCAACUCCACGCUGAGCCUGAAAAAGAAGAUCCCCCUCCGCCACAAACUGCCCCGGUGAUUGGAAAACACAGUUGUGUUCCUGCUGUGGAAAAUCCUUUCAAAUGCACGGGAACAAAGAGAUUUAGAUAUUGUUUAAAGAUUAUAUCUCAGAUUUGGGAUUAUUUUAUCUACUGAUUAUUUUAUAUUGUGAAUUAAAUCUUAACAAUUAUAUUAUACUAUGAAAUCAUAAUGUCAUAUUUUAGUUUUAAACAUGAACACUUAUUUCCUGUAUGAACUGUAUCAUAGCGCUAAACAAAUCCUAAUCCAAAUUUAAGAAGACUUUGCUGUAAUUUGUAUUAAAUUUCAUAUUAUCUUAUGUGAUCAGAUCUACUGAACAUGUCCAGUUCUCAGGUGAGCAGGGCUUCUCAGUAAUCCUUGGGAAGGGUCCUGAUGUUUGACAGACAGGAGUGUGUAGUCUGGGUCAAAUCUUAGACGUCUAUGAGCUGGUAACCAGAUAGUGAUUUUCCCCCCUGAUCUUCUGUCCACUUCUGUUUUAUCUCACUGAAUGUUCAAAUGAUCCAACAUCUCAGUAAAAAUGAAACUUUAGAGAAAAA